CUUCACGCGGCCUACGCACGGGGAGGCUUCCGGGCCGGGCACACAGGGUGGCGUGCACCUGAUCCCUGGUCUCUCUGGUCCGGUGCGGAGCUCUACCGACGGCGGCCCCAGCCCCACAGCCCGUUAGGACCUGCGGACCUGGCCGGAGACCUGCCCCGAGACCUGCCCGACCACCGAGAGGAGAGGCUAGAGCGGACAGCCCGCCGCCCCGCCGGCCUGCCCCUCCUCUCCCAGCCUCCUCUCUCCCGGAAGUUGAUGCCCGGCGGUUGAUCGCGUGCUGCCUGCCAGGGGUGUCGCCUUAGAGAGCUGGACGGCUGGCCUCGCGAAAAGAUCAACAUGCCUUUGGCUAGAGAUUUACUACAUCCGUCCUUGGAAGAGGAAAAGAAAAAACAUAAAAAGAAACGACUAGUUCAAAGUCCAAAUUCUUAUUUUAUGGAUGUAAAAUGUCCAGGUUGCUACAAGAUCACCACGGUUUUCAGCCACGCUCAGACAGUGGUUCUCUGUGUAGGUUGUUCCACAGUGUUGUGCCAGCCGACGGGAGGAAAGGCUAGACUCACAGAAGGGUGUUCUUUUAGAAGAAAGCAACACUAAUGAUCCACACAGCUUCCUGAAUUUGUGUUGUAUCACAGAAAGCCUUAUCAGUUCAGUAAUUCUACUUUAUCUACCAAGAUAAUGUAAUUACAUUUAAUUUUGUAAGUAUACAACAAUGAUUUCCUAUUUUGGUGUCAGCUUUUCAAUAAAGUUUUGAUUAUGGGAAAA